AUGCAGAAGCAUGGAGGAAGCACAGCAAAUCUAGACACUUGGGGUAUAGUUCGGCAAAAUAGCCGCGUAGCCGCUAUCUUAUCGCGCCGGAUCAAGUCCAGGGCUUCACGCCACCUCGGAAGCCGACAUGGUCCACUAGAAUUCCUUCCCAAGCGCCCCCAGCUCUUCGCUUCUCCGCCUCCUCAAUUUGCCCAUAUUCAGGCUGCUGAAAUCUAUGAUGAUUCCAACUCGGAGCUUGGCUGCACAGGGCGGGUUCUUCCGGCGCAGCGCGGAGGAGCUUGGCCGCCUCUCGAAAAUAGGUACACAUGGAAUACUGAAGCUCUGCACACACCGACAAAGCCAUAUGUUCUCCUCAACUUCGAAGAUGAAUCGACCGUGGGAGGCUGCAAGACCUUCGCGGACCGCGCUGUCGGAGGGUUCAGCACUUCCAGUCUUGACUACGAACCCGGAGAUUCUUCAACGAACACACCUGCACAUGCGCGCUUUCACGGAAGUAUCUCUACAAAGCUCCCGGCCAACUGGCGGGUGGAAAGAACGGGAUACGCCGCCUUCCGAAACAACGACCGUGGCUUCUGGCUAUUCGGUCGUCUCUUCUGGGAUGUCGAUCCAUAUUCCUACCUCGCGCUUCGCAUCAAAUCUGACGGCCGACGCUACACGACUCUAUACUCGCCACCAUCGUGUCCAUGGCGCGACCCCCUCCAACAAGCCCUGCGUUCCGAGUCAGCUGAAGAUUCUGAAGUCACCGAGGAAUUGUAUCCACGGGGUAUCCCAGCUGCUCUUUCUGAUUUUCCACCCGAGUCCACCAUUAUCUCGUCCUCUUCUACCGCCACCACCUCGGGCACAACGGGGUGGGAGACUGUUCUCCUACCCUUCAACUCUUUUGUUCGCACAAACCAUGGUUAUGUGAUCGAACCGCAGACGUCGCUCCUUCGCUCUCGAGUCAAGAGUAUCGGCAUUGGUCUGACAGACCGUAUCGAGGGGCCGUAUGACUUGCGUAUUCACAAGAUAUGGGCAACAAAUGGCAUGGGCUCGGCUGAUAUCGAGGAGGAGCGGCGUAUCUGUGGAGCGGAUGCACUGCCGCUCGAUGAAGGAGUACAGUCAGCAUGGACGGAGAAAAAACAGCCACCACAGGAGGCUCACAACCAGAAGAGCCCUGAGACCACUAAGGAGAAGGGCCUUAAGGGUCUUCGGUCAGAAUGGGAGGAGUAG